AAGGAUUCGAUACAAUAUAUAUAAUGAGAGGGACGACGAUUUUUUAUGACGUAAACGUCAUUCGGUUCCACCAGUAAAACUUUUAAGAAUCAGAACUUAAGGGGGAGAAUAUUGAAAGAGAUAGGAGUUAAAGCAUCCGAGUUUAAUACCGAAAAGAAGUCUGAUGAGUGAGGUUGAUUUUUUUUAGAGGAGCCAGCGUCACAAAAAUAUAUCAAAAUGAAAAUCUCUAAAUCGUCAUGCCUGCAUUUUGUAGUGACAGUUUCAGUUAUAUCAUUCUGUGCAAUCGGUUGCCAAGCCCAAUGUACAGAGAAUCAUUCUUGGAACCCUGUGCUACCCGAGUCAAGUUAUGAUCGCAAUGCUUCAAGUGUAAACGACCCCUCAGGUAGACCACUUGGAUAUUCACAGGCGGUCAUUGAAUAUUCAGACAAUGAAAAUCCUAUUUCACCAUGUAUUCACGUCACGGGAGCUGCAGACAGGCGGAUCGAGAUUAUGGCGGAAUCAGACCCUCCCGGUUCAAUCAUGUGUGUGAAGGAUCAGUCAAAUCAAAACCCAAUAUGCUCUUCGUUGAUCUAUGAUUGCCGGCAAGCGAUAGCCGAUACCGUCUCUUUUGAAUUUUUCUGCGAUGCCGAUAGUUGUGACGAAAGUUCAGUAACCUUCUGGUACAGAUUUGUUGUGAGUGAAGAUCCAGCCAUCCUGGACCCUGAACUGUGGUGUGCUGGUCGUGAUACAGGUGAAUACCCAACCAGUCUGAACAACAUUCUUCCUCCCGACACUGAUCUCAACCCACAAGACCCUGAUACUGGUUUUGGAGGUGCUAUGGUUACCAUUGCUUCAACCACCACUGUACUCAUCAUCUCAUUGUUCAGCCUUCUUUUUGUCAUCCUUUGAUGCCAGGGUGAUCGAUUUUGUUUUUCAUGUAAAAUCUACUGUGUCAAUAUUAAGGGUCAUAUGUUAUCUAUUCCUGUCAUUUUUAUACUCUUCUUAAAUCAUCGAUAUUUCAUUUUCACGCAAAGUGAUCGAAAAUGUUUCAAGGCUCUUAAGACAAGAACCGUUGAUAUGUUGAUAAACUACUUUAAGUUGAUCAUUUUAUUGGUUUUAGUCUAUUGACAGUCAAAAUUAUUUGAUAUUAUUUUGUAUGACCAUCUAUUCAUUGAUAAAUUUACAAACUCAUCGUUAUUUUUUUUCAAACUGAAAAAUUAUUUUGUGAUUUACCGCUCUGUUUUUUUUUUUAAAACUUUAUUACAUCAUUAAGACACUUAUUUUGCACGUCAUUAAUCUAUAUUUUAAUUUUCGAACACUUUUACCUGAUUUGCACUAUCUGCCCAUUUUGUUGUUUAUCAUUUUGCAAUACAAUACAACAUAAAGGUUUGAUAUAUGAAAGAAGCAGUUUAAAAAUAGCUUUUCUGUUUCAGGAUUUCAAAUCAAUCACUUUGUAAAUUAAAUAAUUUGAAUAUCUCACUUCAUGGAUACUAAUUGGGGCAACGAUUAAAAGUAGUAGCCCUAAAUACGCACAUCAAAUAUUUGGGGUAAAAAUAAUGUUAUUUCAUUAGCAAAAUAACUUUUGAUUAAUUGAUCAUCCAUUGAUGUAUUAUUUUAACCAUAACUUGAUUCUAACAGUCUGUGCAGUGCAGAAUUAAAAAUAGCUGCUUCGAAAAUAUGAAUGUACUAUUUCAUGAUUCUCGUAUUGCAUCAGUUUUUAGCUCUUUCGAGAUAAAAUAGUUCGAUUACUAAAUCCCAAGCCAUUUACCAAGGUGAAGUCCAUCCCAAAACAAGUUGAUUUGAAACAAUAGAGAAGAAACACCAUAUACGGUCCUACAGAUUAGCAUAACACUUAUGUUUUGUCAAAAUCCGAUGCUAACCAAGAAACCCAUGUUAAUCUAAAAAUAUCGCUUUUCUACAAAACAGUUAGGUCUAUUCAUGUAUUCACACCCUCGUCAUCAGUCAUAAGGGGUCCAAUAAUGACUCUUCUUCUUUUUAUUCCUUUGUAUUUUUUUUUAGAUUGAAAUCGUCGGCAACACUGUAUUUCAGCCAUAAAUAGCAUGAAAUCAAUUUUGUUUAUCAGUAAGAGUAAUAAAAAAGUAUUCAAGAAUGUUGGCUACUUUUGAAUUUGCAACUGAUUUGUAAUUUUGUGGAAAUCAAUAUUUGACCUGGCAGGCACUUAACGAAAAUUCGGAAUCGAACCCGGACGUCGCGAGAAUAAAGAAAGUCAUGAAACGUCGCUGUGCAAUCUGUUUGGUAACAUGUUUUUUUUUGCAAUAAAUUACGAGGGGCGGCUAAAUUAGCCACCCCCUGUCUGCAUAAAGUAAAUGUUUGAUAUUUCAUGAAAUAGAAUACAAAAGAAAUAGUGCAUGUAGACAGCGGCUCCCUCAUUUUGCACAUCGUUCAUGAUACAGUUUUCUCAAAAUAAACGAAUCUUCGUUAUUAUUUUACAUCCAAUCUUUAAGAAAUUAUCAGAGUUUUUGUUUAAUGUUAUUCUGUUUAUUCAAAUUAACUUUUUAUUGGUGAUGGACUUCAGCUUUAAUAAUUUUUGUCAGAGAUAGAGCAUGCUGGACGUGUUAAUAUCAAGUGUAGGCCUAUAUGCUCAAAAUGAAGUCGUCUCGGCUGAUGUAAAGCAAAAGAAAGUAUCAGUUUAAGUUGAUCAUCAAAAUGAUAAGGGAAUGAAUUACAUAAGUUUAUCUAAGCAUUUUGAGACUUCUAACUUCAAGUAUGUCAUUGUCAGCACAUGACCAUUUCUUUUUUCAAAUUAUAAUUCUUGAAUACAAUAAAAUAUUCAAGUUUGAAACAUCAA